CUCAGAGUCAGUGCUGAGAUGGGAUUAGAUCCCAGAGGAUCCCUGGUCCCAACACAUCCUCUCCUAAGUCUUGGUCUUCCUGGAGGGCCACUGCCACCACGAGCAUGAUCAUGACAAUCGAGUGUCACUGUGCGGCAGGCACUAGGACCUCCAGGACGCUGCCUCCACAGCCCUUAGCAGAAGAGAAAUCAGGAAAUAACGCAGUCGCUCUUUCUGGAAGCGUGACCUUGAAAAUAAAGCUUGGCUGCUCCAUAUGAAAGAGAAUUUACUCUCCAGGAAUUCAGGAAUCUGAGCCCAGGCUUAGCUUUCAGCUACCCCAAGACAUUGUUGCCGCGGGGACCUGCAUGGACGUGGCUGGGAGUGGAAAUCCCUCUUCCUACAUCUCUCAAGCCCCUGAACCUUAAGGCAAGGACUGGGUAACAAAGCCUGCCCUUUUGUAGGAGAAGAUCAGGUUCAAGACUACCUGAGGGACCAGAAUAUAUGUAAAUCUACAGAAUCCAACAAGGUGCAGCCAAGGGCUGAGGGAAUUGGCUGAUGUGGUUGCCAAGCCGCUUUCCAUCAUAUCUGAAAAGUUGUAGCAGCCAGGCAAAGUUCCCAGUGCUGGGUAAAGGGAAACAUCACAUCCAUUAAAAAAGGUAAAAGAGAGGGCCCUGGGAACUACCAACCUGUCAGCCUCACCUCACUGCCCUGUAAGAACACUGAGCAGAUCCUCCUGGAAGAUAUAGUGAAACUCACGGAAGAUGAGGAAUUGAUUAGAGAUAGCCAGCACGGCUUCACCGGGGCCAAACAGUGCCUGACUAAUCUAGCAGCUUUCUAUGAUGACUGCAUCAGUGGACCAGUGAAAAUCUACAGAUGUCAUCUCCCUGUACUUCUUGUGGCAGCGGGAGAGGACGGGGAGUUCCUGAUGCACUGACAGCCAACCAUGUCUGGGAAACACUGGUCCCCGGGGACGCAGUGCGUCACCAAGCAUGAUCACACCAAGGCCAAGGGCCGGGAGUUGGCCUUCCACAAGGGCGAUGUGGUCACCAUCAUUGAGGCCGUGGAGGGCAAGGGCUGGUACCGUGCAAGGCAUAAUGAGACAGGGCAGGAGGGGCUGCUGGCAGCCAGCGCGCUGCGGGAGCGCAGCGCCAUUUGCGUCGACCCCAAGCUCAGCCUGAUGCCCUGGUUCCAUGGGAAGAUCUCAGGGGUGGAGGCAGUGCAGCAGCUGCAGCCCCCCGAGGAUGGGCUGUUCCUGGUGCGUGAGUCCAUCCGGCACCCUGGUGACUACGUGCUCUGUGUGAGCUUCUGCAAGGAGGUGAUCCACUACCGCGUGGUACAUGAGGAAAACACACUCAGCAUCGACAGCCAGCAGUACUUCUCCAACCUCAUUGACAUGAUUGAGCACUACAUGAAGGAGCAGGGAGCCAUCUGCACCAAACUGGUGAAGCCCAAACCGAAAAGUGGGAUGAAGUCAGCUGAGGAGGAGUUGGCCAAAGCUGGCUGGCUGCUGAACCUGCAGCACCUAACGCUGGGAGACCGCAUCGGGCGAGGCGAGUUCGGAGACGUCCUGCAAGGUGAGUAUAUGGGGCAGAAGGUGGCUGUGAAGAACAUCAAGUGCGAUGUGACCGCCCAGGCCUUCCUCGCCGAAACGGCUGCCAUGACGAAGGUCCAGCACAAAAACCUGGUGUGUUUGCUUGGCGUGAUCUUGCACAAUGGCCUCUACAUUGUCAUGGAGUUCAUGAGCAAGGGCAACCUCGUGAACUUCUUGCGCACACGGGGCCGGGCACUUGUCCCGACCCAGCAGCUCCUCCUGUUCGCUCUGGACGUUGCCCAGGGCAUGGACUACCUGGAGUCCAAGAAGCUGGUGCACAGGGACCUGGCUGCCCGCAACAUCCUCAUCUCUGAGGAGAACGUGGCCAAAGUGAGCGAUUUCGGCUUGGCCCGGGUCAAUCCCAAGGGAGCAGACACCACUUUGCUUCCUGUGAAGUGGACAGCCCCGGAGGCACUGAAACACAACAAAUUCUCCUCCAAGUCAGAUGUGUGGAGCUACGGGAUCCUCCUGUGGGAAGCCUUCUCCUUUGGCCGAGCGCCCUACCCCAAGCUGAGCCUGAAGGAAGUGACGGAGCUACUGGAGCAGGGGUACCGCAUGGAGCCCCCUGAGGGCUGCCCACCUGCUGUCUAUGCCCUGAUGAAGAGCUGCUGGGAGCUGGAGCCAGGGAAGCGACCGUCCUUCAAGAAACUCACGGAGAAGCUGCAGAAGGAGCUGAAGCACCUGAGGGUUGUUUAACU